UUUGGAGAUGUUGUACUUCGGAAGCAAAAUUUCAAAAGUGGUGCUAUGUUGGCGCCUCAGAGUCAUUCUGGAUUUUGUAAGUAGUUGUAGUAGUAGUUUGUUGUUGCAUGAGGAUCUCAAAACUUCACCUACUUCCAAAUAAUGCAUCGGUAAACAGUUUUGGUUGGACUAUAUGACUCUGCAAAGCAGUAUUUGGUUGUAUGAGUCCAAAUUUUUUUUCUUGAAAAAAAAUUCAGACUUUAUUUUUGGCAUCCAUCAAUUCAGAAGUCGAUUUCUGAGUUCUUUGGCCAUUCUAUUGGCCAGUUUGUGAACAAACUUGUUAGGAUUUUCAUGGGUUGAAGAAGAUAAAUAAGCAGGGAGCUGUCUGUUUUGCUGAGAAGAAAAUAAUCAAACAAAACAACUAUUACAAAAUGUCUUCUAGGGUUCAGCGUGAUAUUAUCUUUCAUUUUAUUAAUGCCAUUUGCGAAGCAGAAAGAUAUAUUUACGUACAAUUUGGAUGAUAUAUUUGAAAAUGGAUCGGUGUGGAGAUUAGCAUUUUGCCAGUUAGCCUUUCUCAGUACAAAGGAUUUAGUGUGUGGCGGCUUAUUGUUGUACUAUUUUCGAAUAUUUGAAAGACGUUAUGGCCCAAGGAAAUUUUUGUCAUUUCUAUUCUAUUGUGCUACUACAACAACGCUGGUUGAGCUGUUGGUGGCUUUUGUUCUACGGAAACUAAAUGUUUCACUUCACAUACUUCCAUCUGGACCAUUCAAUUUAAUUUUUCCGCUUUUUGUGCCUUAUUUUCUGGAUAUCCCUUGGGUUCCUGUUGCACACGUUAUGGGGAUUCCAAUAACUGGGAAAUCAUUCCCCUACAUUUUUGGACUUGAAAUUGCUAUGACAUCUUACGAAUCAGUAUUUGUAUGUAUAUGUGGCUUGAUCACUGGACUGGUCUAUUAUAAAAAUGUGUUACAUAUUCAGUCAAGACUGUUAUUCCCAGAAAGAAUUAUUCAAUUCGGUACGAAAGUGAUUGGUCCAAUCCUGGAGACCCCAGCACCGAAAUAUUUAAAUAAACCAUUAGGCGCAACAUUAGAAGUGCAGCACCAAGUUGAACUAGACCGUAGAGAAAUCAGUUUGAUUGAAGCAACUAGACGUAUGCGUAGUAGAGAUUUUCCAUUCGAUAUGGGUCGUGUAUGGGUUGGUGAUCAAUAAUAUUUGUUAUUCAUGUAUACAGGAGAAAAAAUACUUUAGAGUAAUUGUGAUAUUGCGCUGUAAUUCACUAUUGCUCAAUGUUCAUUAUGUGAUAUACUUGUGAAAAUUUGCUAAGUAUGUAAACAGUUGGUUCAUUUCUUGUUGGCUGUGAUAUUCAUGUAUAUGCGUAAAACUAUUGUAUCAUCUACUUGAUUAUUUAUGCUCACUUCCUAAGAAAUAUUUUGUAAUUAUAUUUUUGCAUUUAUUAUUAUGAUUCUUGUGCUUAUUUGAGUGUAUGUUUCUGCACUGUCAUUCUCUUUUCUCCCCAAUUUCCCGACGUGUAUGAUUGGUUCGUAUAAUGUGGUAGUCAAUUGCACUUUUGUUUUCUUCCUUCUUUGUAAAUCAGUACUUCAUUUUAGAGCAGAAAUAGUUUUUAAAAAAAAACAGAUUUGGCUUUCAUAUUUGAUAAAUAUGGUUGACAAGACAUGAUUGCAGCAAAGAAAAAC